GCAGCGGAGCGGAGCAGAUGACAGAGACACACAUCAGCUAAAAUGAGGAGAUUUUAGCUCAAUGUUUCCCCGCACUGGAUGUUUAAAACGUGGAUGUUUAAAGACUGACCCUCCUCGUCUGCCGUAGAUCAGUUCUGACUUUAUUCUAUCAAUGAGAGAUAUGUGGAGAGGCUCUACCGCCCGGUGGUAACGCAGAAAAACACAAGAUGAAGAAGCAGUUCAACCGAAUGAGACAGCUCGCCAACCAAACAGUGGGCAGGGCUGAAAAAACAGAAGUAUUAAGUGACGACCUACUACAGGUGGAGAAACGUCUGGAGCUGGUCAAGCAGGUUUCCCACGGGACACACAAGAAGUUGACCGCCUGUCUGCAGGGCCAGCAAGGUGUGGAAGUGGACAAGAAGUCUGUCAGGUCGCCCUCGAAGAAGCUUCCUCUAACAACACUAGCACAAUGUAUGGUAGAGGGGGCGGCUGUGCUCGGGGACGAGUCUCUACUAGGGAAGAUGCUGAAGCUCUGCGGCGAGACGCAGGACAAACUCGCUCACGAGCUCAUCUUGUUCGAGCUCACCAUCGAGCGGGACGUCGUGGAGCCUCUGUACGACCUCGCAGAGGUGGAAAUCCCAAAUAUCCAGAAACAAAGGAAACAUUUAGCGAAGCUGGUCCUGGACAUGGACUCAGCUCGCACACGGUAUUAUCAGUCCAACAAGUCUUCAGGACUGUCCAGCACCCUGCAGCCAACAGGAGCCAAGGCCGACCACCUCAGGGAAGAGAUGGAGGAGGCAGCCAACCGCAUGGAGAUCUGUCGAGAUCAGCUAUCGGCAGACAUGUACAGUUUUGUGGCCAAAGAAAUUGACUAUUCAAGCUACUUCCAGACACUGAUAGAAGUCCAGGCAGAGUACCACAGGAAGUCAUUAGAGCUGCUUCAGAGCGUGUUGCCCCAGAUCAAAGCUCAUCAGGAGACCUGGGUGGAGAAGCCAUGCUAUGGGAAAUCAUUAGAGGAGCACUUAGCACUCAGCGGGAGAGAUAUUGCGUUCCCCAUCGAGGCCUGUGUCACGAUGCUGCUGGAGUGUGGCAUGCAGGAGGAGGGUUUGUUCAGAAUCGCUCCUUCGGCCUCCAAACUGAAGAAACUGAAGGCGUCUUUGGACUGCGGUGUGUUGGAUGUUCAGGAGUACUCUGCAGACCCUCACGCCAUCGCAGGUGCUUUGAAGUCCUACCUGCGGGAGCUUCCUGAGCCGUUAAUGACAUACGAGCUCUACAACGACUGGAUCCAGGCCUCCAACAUUCAAGAUCAAGACAAGAGACUGCAGGCUCUCCUCAACGCCUGUGAGAAGCUCCCCCCAGCCAACAACAACAACUUUAAGUAUUUGAUCAAAUUCCUCUCUAAACUGACUGACGACCAGGAUCUGAACAAGAUGACGCCUGGAAACAUUGCCAUUGUCCUCGGACCAAACCUGCUGUGGAUGCACAACGAAGGUAACGUCACAGAGAUGAUGACCACAGUUUCACUGCAGAUCGUCGGCAUCAUCGAGCCCAUCAUCCAGCACGCCGACUGGUUCUUCCCUGGAGAAAUCGAGUUCAACGUCACAGGGAACUAUGGAAGCCCGGUCCACACCAACCACAACGCCAACUACAGCUUGAUGCCGUCCCCGGACAUGGAUCAGAUGGAGCGGAAGCAGAACGACCAGAGUCGACGGCCGCUGAGCGUCGCCACAGACAACAUGAUGCUGGAGUUCUACAAGAAGGACGGCAGCAUUAGGAAGAUACAAAGCAUGGGUGUCAGGGUGAUGGACACUACUUGGGUGUCGCGCAGGGGCUCGUCUUCUACGCGUAAAUCCUCUUCCACGCCACCGAGCGUGCAUCCCCCUGUCCCGCUCACUGACGCUCUCAUGCCCGAGCAGCCUGCUGGGGAUUUCUCUGCCUCCCCCUCCCCAACCCCUCCUCCCACUAACAGCGACCGAGCCAGCUCAGAUGAUGCAUCCUCCAAUUGGUCGGACACCGGUUACGCCUACCCCUCCCCUGAGGAGGAGAGGCCGCCUCCCCCUUACCCCUCUUCCUCCUCUUCCUCCUCCUCUUCCUCUUGCUCUUCUUACUCGCUCCCUCACCACCAUUACUACACCCGAGCACCCCCGGGUAUGCGUCCCGUCGCUCCCAAUCCCGACUCCGUGCCCCCCGGCCCGUCCCCUCCCUCUCGCCGCUGUGGCUACAGCCCACCCCCGCUCCCCCACUCCCUCUGCCCGUCCCCUCAGCCGCUUGACGUCAACUCCAACCCCAAACCCAAUUCCUUGCACCUGCCCAAACAGGCCUCACUGCCCGACGCUUCGCAUGCGACCUUGUCCGAAACGAAUGGCUCCACCCUUUACAUCAAACCCCCGCUCGUUCUUACUCGUCACGAUCUUUUCCUGGGCUCCCCCAAACCCCCCAACACCCCCCUAUCCGCUCCCCCUCCAUGGGCAGCCUGUGCCUGUAGCCGGGAGAGAGGAGCCAAGCUGACUAGUACUCUAAAGAACAAGGAGCUGUCUCCAGUGAUCGGACAGAAGGGACUCCACGGGACGAUGACCUCUAGUGGAUCUGAUCACAGCCCCCUCACCCUGAGGAGAGCAAAGAAGCUGGCCCCGAUCCCACCUAAAGUCCCAUACUGCCAGUCAGGAGCCAUGUCCGACCAGUCGACAGGUCAGCCGUCUCCAGUGAGCCUGUCGCCCACUCCUCCCAGCACCCCCUCCCCGUACAGCUUCAGCUACCCGCAGGGUUACGCCACCAUUAGCUCCCCGGGACAGAUCCAGAUGGCCACCACCCCGUCUCUCUCCUCUCCACCCUCGCUGGCCGGGACUCUCACCAAGGCCAGGCCGACCCCCAAGCCGCCACGGCAGAGGCCCAGCUUACCUCCUCCUCAGCCCCCCAGCACGCCCGGCACCAGCCCCCAGCCUCUGGAUCAUUCGACAGGCCUCCUGGAUGGUUUGUCUCCGGGGGAAAGCAUGUCCACAGAUUGUCUCUGCAACUUGGACAUUCCCAUCAUUGACCUGGACCUGGACUGUAUUUUUGACUUGCCCCACAUCUCCCCCUUCAGGAACUCAGUGGCACUGCUUGAAUCGACCAACUACAGAGCGGAGUCGGAGGAAGAGUCUGAGAGCACAGUGCUAUGAUGCCACUGAGUCCCCCCUUCCCCUCUCCCUCCCUCCUCCAGCUGAUGAAACACAAGCUACUGCUGCACCGUCUCCCCCCCCCCCACACACACACUCAUACAUUGACCUUUCACCUCUGCAGCUGGAUUACUUCAGCCUCACUCUGGAUGUCAUCGUCACGGCUCAUCUGAACUCCAGAGGGGUAAAAACUUUGAGAAAAUAACAAAAAAUACUCAUCUAAAAGAAAUCACGACCACAUGAGGCGUUAGCGACAAUGUUGUCAGGGGACUUUUGAUCAGACACACACUUUGACAUUUUAUGUCGGCUGUUCUUUUUAUUUAAUUUAAUGUUUUAUGUUUUUUUCUGCCUUAUUUGAUUCACUUGCAAUAUUGCCUUUAACUUCACACACGAGACUGGAGACAGGCAUCACGUAAUAACACAUUAUGUAAUAACACCGCAUUAUAUAAUAACUGGACUAAAUGUAAUGUUCACUUCAUUAUGUAAUAACGGCCACAUUUUGUAAUAAACAGCCUGAACACAAUAUGUCAUUAUUUUCCCUGCAUUUCCUAAUAAAUUGUUACAAAUUGCAGUGGUUAUUACAAAAUGUGGGAGUUGAUCUUUAAAGGAAAAUGUAAUGAUACAUGCAUUAUGUAAUACCAACCAAAAUGGAUGUCUUCAUUCAUAAAGAUCCUUAUAGCAUUAUAACAACAAUAUUUAUGUUAUGCAUACUGACUCACUGACAAAGAUACAAUUACUUCAGUAGAUUAUCUUCCAGUGUCACUGUAUUCCUCGGCCUGCCUAAGAAUAUAUUACGUAACGCAUGUAUUAUUACAUUUUCAUAAAUAUAAUUGCAACUCCCGCAUUUUGUAAUUAGCACUUCAUUAUGUAAUUAUUUUGAGUUCAGGCUGUUUAUAACAAAAUGCAGCUGUUUAUCACUAAUUGAUAUACAUAAUCAAGUGAUAACGUAUUACAUUUUGUGGAGUUAUUACAUAAUGUGUUGUUACAAGGCUGCUAGGAGGAACGAGUGCUCUCUGCUGCUGCUACUUCUCAUGAGUGAAUUUUAAGAAGCACUGUACAUCUGUCCUGCCAACACGUUCUUCUUCUGUUAAUCUCCCAUCUCAAGUUCCUCCUUCAUUCCUCAGGGUAUCAGUUGAAAUGCCUCGCUCUGGCAAAGUGGAGGCAACAACCCCUGAAUUUCUGUCCCGCCUGAGCGUUCACUGUGAGUGUGCCAGUAUGUCGUUUUGGAAAGUGUGUGUGUGUGUGUAUGUGUUUAUAUGUGUUUGGUAAAUGUACUGUAUGAUGUUGCAUUUUGGUGUCGUGGCACAUAAACAGGAAUGCAUAUUUUAGAGAUUUAGGAAAAUAACUACCAGGCUGCAAAGAGGUUAAACGCCCAAUCACACUUUUCCCUGUAUUUACAUCAAUCACUGAAUAUUUAUUGUUUAUAUUGUACAUUUACAGAAUAUAUGAUACAAUUAACAUUAUAAAUCAUAUUGGAUCAUAUUUUGUAUCUACAGGAAAGCUAUAGAGACACCAUUUCCUCAAGGUAGAAUACAGCAGAUGCUGUCAGGGAGCUAUUAGACAUAUGAGAUAUAUACAGAUACAAAAGUAAAGGGUUGGGAUGGCUUUUGCAAACAAGCUGGGAAAUGAAAAACUCCAUGUGAUUACACAGAAUUAUUUUGGCAGCAAGCAACGUUGCGUGGGAUUUUUCAUUUUUCCAUGUCGAGUAAUUUCAGUUUCAAGAACAUGGAGUUGAAUCCACAGAGAGUCCAUGAUGCCUGGAGUGUGCCACCAGGACAUUUGCUCAAAUGAAUAACUAUUAAGCUGUUAGCUGUUAUUUAUUGGCAGGACUGGCCAAUCACAGCUCCUGCUGCUGCUCUGUGGGUUUGACUUUCUUCAAAGGAGCCCUGUGGAGCUUUCUUGUAAAUGAACACAAGUUAUGUUAUUCUACACCUUUGCUUUCGAGGGCUCAUUGUUAUGCUUCCUCUCACAUUACUACCACUAACUUUGGAUCAGUGGAAUAGCUCGGAAAAUCGGCAGCAGGCUGUAAUUCUUGUCACGCCUAACUUGCAUCACUUGUGGUUACGUUCCUUGUUGUGCAAAUUAGGGCUGAACAAUUAAUCAUAGCUUUAUAGAAAUCAAAUGAAUUGUGAGAUGGAAUAUGAUCAGAAUUAGUGAAAUAACAAAAUACUAAAUUAAAAAGCCUUUUUAGAAUGUAUUUUAUUUUAUUUAAAAACAUUUUUUUAUUUGGAAUUAAACAUAUAGGAGCUUGGGAGGAAGUGAAACAAGCUAUAAACACAACACUGACGUAUCACCUUUCACAGUUGAUAACAGCUGCUUAUUGACACCUAUAGCAGUCACAGAGCAACAUGAUCUUUCACACGAUGCUCCGGUGGCACACUUCAGGCUCCAUAUGUGACGACCUGUUCCAAACAUCUUGGGAAUCGUUUCCAGCCCUGCUGUACGUAUGUUCAGCUGAGAAAGGCACACGAUGUGGUCCUCCUGCCAGAGCUCUAAUAACAGCCUAUCAUAUCAUAACAACUGAAAACAGUCACACUCCCAGAAAAAAAGGAUGCUAUUUUUGUCAACAACAAAAAAGCAGCAGCCUCGGUGGCAAAACCAGCACUCUUUUCUGUCUGGCAGUGCACUUUCAGUUUCAGCCACCUUCCCACAACCCUGUCUGAGGAUGCUGAUAUUUUUGGUCUAUAUAAGUGAACCAGAGGAAAGAGCAAAGAUAUGUGUAUAUGUGUUUAUUUUAAUGAGAGUAUUUAUACAGAUAUAUUUCUGAAUACUUUUUACUAGGUCUAAAGAGUUGUGAUUGUUUCCACUACACAUGAAUCUCAUCUGAGCAUUGAAAAAAAGAAAAUUCAAACGCGGGACCAGGAUUACCCUGCUGUCGCAUCGAAACCUUUUCAGGAAUCAUGAGGUUUAAGAGAAAACUUGAAAAUCAACAAAACUGGAGUAACAAGGUUUGCAUACGACAGCAGCCGUUCGUUAUUUGCCUUGUGGUGGGGUUUCGUUGUGACCUAUCCAGAUUUGAAAGACUUUCCAUUUCGUCCUGAGAACAUCCACUACACAUGGCCACUGUGCUGCUCUGCCACGCUCUUUCUUUAAAAUGCGAUAUUAUUCACAGGACUUUUGUAAAUAAUGAGCCUCUGAACAUACAUGUUGUGUAUAUAGCUGCAGGGGAGACAUAUAUAUAUAUAUAUAUAAAAAAUACUGUAUUGAAAAAUAUAAAUGACGAUGUGCAUUAUAAUAUUAUACUGUACAUAUAAUAUUACAAUGUUGCUGGUUCGAGCACAAUAACAUCAAAACUUUACUGACGUAGGCUCAAGGUUAAAUAUAGUUUGUAGAUUUUCUAAAUAAAAACAGCUGAUAGUGCUUGUGUUGCAGAAUAAGAAAUAACCUCUUGAACCCUGAUUUAAGCUUUUCAGUUUAAUAACAUUAAAUAUUAUUGCAUUAGAAAUUCUGUAUGUGCUUGUUCCAACACGUCAUUGCAGCUACAUGAUGCUACAAAAUGUUUCAGCAGUGCAACCUGGCGUAUUUGAUUUUUCUGAAAAUGUUGGGAUCUUGUUUAGAAUUUAAAAUAAUGUCCUGUGGGCUUACACAAUGUUUGUCCAAACAACCUGCAGCUGUAGCGAUGGAUUAAUGACAGGAUCCAGCAGGGUUCAAGAGGUUAGCAGAGACUCUGCAUGAAACUGCUGCAUCGCUGUCUUAGUUUGACAGCAGAUGACAAAUCUCCUUAGUUCCACAACUUGACUAACAACAUAGAUCUACACAGUGAUUGUCCCCCAUAUAAGAUAUAAGAUAGAUGUUAAAGAAUGAAAAAACAUGCAAAAAAUGUUUUCACAAGCAGAGAAAAUACAGGACAUUUUGGACGUUUUCUAUAAUUAAGGGCUGGGACUAACGGUUAUUUGUAUUAUCAAUACAAUCUGCUGAUUAUUUUCUUAAUCGUUCGGUCUAUAUAUAGCGUGAGGAAAUGUCUGCCAUUUUUGCUUUAAUCAAUUAUUGAAGUUUCUUAUUAAUUUUCUGUCAAUCAAAUAAUCUAUUAAUCUACUAAAUGUUUCAGCUCUUCUACAAGUCAUAGCAAUUAUUCAAUGAGAUCAAUACAGCAUGAAAUCCCCAGUAUUUAUAAUUUGAAUAUUUAAAGAAAAACAUAAUGCUGACCACAAAACUGUUUUUUAUUUCUAAAGUUAUUGUUGCAAUUUGACUGUGCUGAAGUGAAUGGUCUGUCCCGUCUUUGUCUGGAGUUGUGCGUUACACUGUGCUGCUCUUCGUUUUGUACUAAAGGUUUUCAGAUUAAGGCUUGUACAUACAGUAAUCAUCAAACACAACUUUAUUAACAAUAACCCUGUCGAGCAGAGACAGUCGGGAGACAGUUUCCAGUAUUACAGCUUUUGCAAGCAUGCCCUUUGAGCACUAAAAUACGACGGCCUUUUUUCUACAUGAAUAGGUGGAAUGUAUUGGUGAUAGACGAUGUUCACCUCAGAGGUCGUGAAAAAGGCGGAUUGUGUGUGUUGUGGACAUAGUUUCAGGUAAACGAGGGUGGUGGGGUGUUUGAUAAAAAGUGUGUUAUGAUCAAUUUUGGGGAGGGAGUGUGUGUGUGUGGGUGGGUGGGGGGGGGGGGGGGGGUGUUUGAUUUGACAUUGUCCUGUAUAAAACUCAGCAGCAUGCUUUUUUAACCAUGCCUGUGAAAUAUGUCUCAUCUUUGGUCCUAUAUAAAUGUGCUUGUAUUUAUUUUUUAUAAGUGGAUAGACCGACCUUUAUAAAAGAAGAAGAAUUGAGUGCUGCCCUCGACCUUUUUUAGUCAAACUCUCCAUCGACUCUGCCAACAGUUAGUUUGAAACGCUCAUGAUUUACUGUUUUCCCCAUGUAUCUUCUGUGUUCCAUUAAAACAGUCACCCUUUUUAUUUAUAGCAAAUAUGAAAAGCACAUCUGGCAGAACAGAGAUCACUGUCCGGAAAUCAAUCAGCUAACAUUAUUGGAGAGGAGACUGUGUCCAGAAAACUGCGCUUUUAAAGGACUAAACGCGUUCCUGUGACUUUACACUGAAAUCAUACAGCAAGCAAGAAAAAAACGUGCUGCAUUUGUUUUUACUCGUACAGUUUGUAGAUUACACUGUGGUGCAUGCAGCCAUUGCAAGAACAUCUCCAAUCAUCUUUUCGUUUUCUUUUUUUAAGUUCCAAGUAAUGGGGGCCAAAAUAAAAAGGGAACACACGAGUGAUCAAGGAAUCUGUUUCGACUUAAAAGUUCUUUGUGUCAAACUGUAGUGACGCUAUGGACUCUUUAAAGUUUGGAGUGAAGAGGAAAUGCCUUUUCUUUGACGUGCUAUCUCCCGGUCACCAAGUGGAACACAGUGUACAGUAUGAUAGAAAUAAAAUUAACCUUAUCCGAAUGUUGAAACUAUUAAAAAAUGUUUUUAUAUUA